UGGGUACAAAACCCACGGCAAUGUAAACCUACAUGGGUACAAAACCAGACACGCACCAGUAACAUAGCGUACAAUUGAGGCUGUUCUGAGGACAAAAGGGGGUGGGGGGGGGCAACUCAAUAUUAGGAAGGUGUUCCUAAUGUUGGGUAUACCCAAUGUAGUAAACAUCAUAUAGUGGACUUGUAAAAACUGUGAUGUCUGAUCACAACCAAACACAUUCAUUUCUCAAAGCUAUCAUGUGAGGGCUGGAGGUUAUCUACGAUUCAGCUCACACGGAAAAAUGGAACGGAUUGUCAGAAAGAUUACACAGUGAUGCAGAAUUUUUUUUGCCACCAUUAAGCUAUUUGUGGACUUAACAUGGGCUUAUGUACAAAAAGGUUGACUUAAGUCCAUGUUUUAUUGAAUUAAGUACAUGCUAAGUGUACUUAUCUCUAGUCUCUAGCUAAGUGUACUUAUCUCUACUUAUCUCUAGUACUUAUCUCCAAUCAGGCCCAAAGAGAGCAAGCAGUAAGGCAGACAAACAGACUAGACAGCCUUGGGUGAAUGCAGUCAUAUAUAGAGAGAGUUAGGGUGAAUGCAGUCAUAUAUGAAGAGAGUUAGGGUGGACGCAGUCAUAUAUAGAGAGAGUUAUGGUGGAUGCAGUAAUAUAUAACUCUCUGGUGGACGCAGUCAUAUAUAGAGAGAGUUAUGGUGGAUGGAGUCAUAUAUAGAGAGAGUUAGGGUGGACGCAGUCAUAUAUAGAGAGAGUUUGGGUGGAUGCAGUAAUAAAUAAAGAGAGUUUGGGUGGAUGUGUAGGAAGUACACAGUCAAAUGUGAUGAUCACAGACUUCCUUCCUGACUUGUGGUGAUAGCAUGUAUUUAGUGUUUUCAGACUGACAGAAGGGGAACAAGAAAGAGGAGAGAAAAAGGAGUCCAGUGUAGACGGCCGGACGGACAAGAGGUCAGUCAGACAGGCGGACAGACAUACAGUCAGAUAAACAGACAGGCAGUAAGACAGUCAGACAGGCAGACAGACACUUCUUGUGGAUUUGAGAAGAUCCAGGUUAAAAGGAGAAUUAAUCCAUCUCAUAAAGUGGAUUAUCCCAAAAGUCCAGAAAAUGGCGUCAGACCUCUCCAUCUCCAUUUCCGCUCCUCCCCCACUCCCCUCCACCCCUUCUCUUGUCUCCUCCUCCCCUCCUCUCUCCAUCUCACACCAGAUCGGUAUCUCCAUUCUGGUCCUGGCCUUUGUCUUUGGUUUCCCAGGCAACCUGUUCGUGGUGUGGUCGGUGCUGUGCCGCGUGAGGCAUCGCUCUGUCACGUGCCUGCUCGUCUUAAACCUCGCCGCGGCCGACGCCCUGGUGCUGCUAAGCGCCCCGCUCUUCCUGCACUUCCUGGCAGGCAGGCGAGGCUGGGAGUUCGGGACGGUGGCCUGUAAGACGGUACACUACCUGUGCUGCGUCAACAUGAAUGUCUCCAUCUACCUGAUCUGCUUGAUGAGCAUGGAUCGCUGGCUGGCCGUGGCGAGGCCCUUCCUGUCACAGAGGAUGAGGACCAAGAAAACCCUGAUGGCCGUUCUCCUGGCUAUCUGGGUGCUGGCAUUCGUCUUAGCUCUGCCCAUGCCCUUCUAUCGCAGUAACCUGAAGCCCUUCCUUCACAAGAACAUCUCCAUGAGCAUCUGCAUGCCGUACCACUGGGGAAGUGUGGGUCACCAGGUGUUCCAGUACCUAUUCGAGACCGUCCUGGGCUUCUUCCUCCCCUUCACCUUCAUCAUCGUCUGCUACACCUCCGUCAUCUGCCGGCUACGCAGCGCCAUGUUCCAGCGCAAGGGACGAGGAAACCGUCUCAUCCUCCUCAUCAUCGGCGCCUUCGCUCUCUUCUGGCUGCCCUACCACCUGGUCAACAUCUUACAGGUGAUUGGUCUACUGGGUAGCAACGCCACUCUCUCCAAUGCUGCUGUAUUGGCCCGUCCCAACGUCACGGCGUUUGCCUUCCUGAGCAGCAGUGUGAACCCUGUGCUGUACGUGUUGGCCGGCAGCUCCCACAUCCGCCAGGCCGGCCUCAGCUUCAUGGCCAAGCUGUUCGAGGGCACCAACUCCGAGGGAGGUACCUCUGCCUCCUUCUCCCGCAGCACGAGGUGCAGCCGGAGUGGUUCCACAGCCCCGGACGAGAGCUCCGCUCUGCGCUCGCUGACACUCAAGCUGGGGUGGUUGGGGAAGGAAAAGGAUGGGGGUGGGGAUAGUGGAGUGGAGCUGCGUGGAGUUGAGGUCUCCAAGGUUAACUCCAAGCAGGAGCUCAAGACUUUGACAUCCAGUGAUCAGUCAGAGUAGUGUUUUUUAAAACUUUUUGCGGCCUACUGUAUUACUCCUAGAUUAUUAUUCGUAUUGAAUGUAUUUCAUGAACAGAUUUGUGAUAUAUGUACUUCAUAGCAAGUGUUUCUGUGAGGCUGCCUUCAUGCAAUUUCUGAAUUAAAAUAUUAUACCAUUAGUUAAUAAAGUUUUCACGUUGACAAA